CUUUCACUUGCUAUUUGGAAAUCAAAGAGAAGGACAGACACACACGGGGAGACAUCAACACUCAGGAUAACGAACAAUCAGCAGAAGAGAACAUAUCCAAACCUGCUGGCAGUGCAAAAAUGAUCAAGGCACCUGAACCAUUUGACUCAUCACACAGUGACAUGGUUUGGACAUGAAAACAUUCUACUUGGAGAAAAACAUGUUGAAAGUGCAGAAAUAUCCAGGAUUGUUCCUUUACAGAGGAAGAUAUCAGAACAUUGUGUCUCAGUGAUCAACAUGACUGGUUUACAUGAGGCUGAACUUUACCUGGACUCAGUGGAUCAUCACAUUGGUCAACUAGUGAAUGAAAAUGAAAUCCACACCUUCAUCUUUGUUGUGCGACUGGGCCAGUUAACAGAUGCUGAUAAGAUUGGUCUUGAAUGGCUUCAGAGAGUGUUUGGAGACAAAGUUCUUCAGUUUGUGAUGAUUCUCUUCACCUAUGAGACAGAAGAAGAGUGUGACUCUAUAAUUGAUGAUCUGAAGAACAACCCUGUUCUGGAGCAGCUGCUGGAGAAAUGUGGAGGAAGAUAUCAGACCUGCAACAAGACGAUAACCAACCAAACAGAGAUGAGAGAGCUGAUGAACAAGAUUGAGCGUCUGUUUAAUGAAAAUCAACAGCAGCGCUACACACUAGAGAUAUACAAUACAGCAUUAAGACAGAGAGAAGAGCUAAAAAAAAGUGAAUGUGAAAGUGAUGAACCUUCAAUCAAUAAAGAAACAAGGGAGCACGCCACAACAGAGACAACAGAAACACACAGGGGAACUGCAGAAGAGCUUAGAACAGACGGAGAGAAACCAGAUCAACCAGAAAAAGAAAUGCUUACAAGCUCAAAAAUACUCUUUGACAGACUUCAUCUUGAAGGCAGGAAUGAUAAUAAACUGAGAGCUGCAGAUGUUCUUCAGAUAACUGAACACUCAUUAGAGUCCCAUGAGUAUUGUGCUGAAGAGGAGCUGGUUCAGACUUUCAUUCAAAAACUACUGAUGAUGGACUAUAGAGCGAGAUACAUUCAUGUUAAUGAGGCCAAUGAAUGUGAUCAAAUACAGCAAAGAAAUAAUGACUCAUCUAAAAAUGAGUGUGACAUUUUUGAAGAAAUGUUUUUGUCUAAUGAAGGAUCAAGUCAAUCUGAGCGUAUUCACCCGAUGGAUGUUCAGUUGGCCGUGUUUCAUUGUGCUGAUGAUUUCCUGAAGCAGCUGAUGGUAACUAAACUGUCCCAGUGUCAGUACGCUCUGCCUCUGCUUGUUGCUGAUCCAUUCACACAACAGAUUGAGUUUCCUCUCUGGACGUUUAGAGAAAUCACCAAGAGCUGGAAGACGAGAAACACCAACAAUGAAACCAUCAGUCAAACCCAUCCAAUCUACAAGGCAGAAACUCCAAUGGUGUCUUUCUUCAGGUUUGGCUCUGUGUCUUCAUCCAAGUCUCAUCUGAUGAACAGUCUGAUCAAUGAGAAACACAACACGUUCUUCCACAGGAACUGCCCAGGCAGCAGCAGAACCAGAGUCCUGAUGGAUGGAGUGGUGGAGAUCGCCUGGUUCUGCCCCUCUGGGAAAAACACGGAUAAAUUUACUGACUGUGUUGCGUUCUGUAAUCUACACGGUGAUGCAGGAGACCAUGAGAAACAGCUGGAGAUCCUCACUGAAAUGAGCUCAGUCAAUGUUGUUCUUCUACCACGACUUCAGAAGAAUGACAAAAACAUUAUAAAACUUCAACAACUCUACAAGGACUCAAAGUCACUCAUUUGUCUUUUUACUGAGGAUGUUUCAACUCUUAUUGAGACACGGAAAAGAAAAUACAAGAUUGGUCUAAAAGACAGAAAUCAGUCAGAUGUAUCUGAAGAACUCAGAAGAGCUAUAAAUGAUUGUCUCUCAGAAUCAUCUUCCACUUUCAGACUUGAAGAUGUGUCCAAACACUCAGACAUCAGAGUGGAUGAGGAAUAUGAUGAUGACUGCAGGAGAGGAAGAGAAGCAGCACAGCAGAUGAUGAGUUUACUGGAGAAGAAAGAUCUGACAGAAAUCAAAGAAUCAGUUCUGCCUCAUCAGGGGAAACUGUGGCAUCAGUGGUGUCAGAAGAACAAAGAACUACAUCGACCUAAAGCAGAUGAGAUAGAAAAGGAAAUAAGUAAAAAACAGACAGAAAUGAAGGAAAUUCGCCAACAACAGCAUAAGUCUGACAUCAGUGAGUUUAUGAAGUGUUUUAUUAAAGAAAUGAAAUCAGAUGCUGCAAAUAAGAACAAUUUUUUUCUCAAAUGGCUCAGAAUCCUCCUGGAUGAAUAUACAUCUGCUGACCUUUCUAAUCUUCAUCACAAGUAUGAUAAAACAUGGUCAAAAGUCUUAAAGCUAAAAGAGAACAAUGAUAAAUCUGAACAACUCAAAGAUGAACAAACUGAACUUGAGAGAAUAUCUGAGGAACUUCAAGCAGCAACAUUUGGCUUGGAGCACAUCAUGAGGGAGAUCAGUCAGAUCUAUGAAUCAUGUUCAUCUGUGAAGAAGAACAAGAAAGACCUGCAGGUUCACUUCUCUUCUCUCCCGAGGCUUGCAGCAGAGAUGAUGAUCUCUGGAUUUCCACUGGAGCUGAUGGAUGGAGAUGCUGCUCAUGUUCCUGUGAUCUGGAUCUCUGCUGUUCUAGAUGAACUCAUCCAGAAACUGGGAGACCAGAGAGUCUUUGUGCUGUCAGUUUUAGGGAUUCAAAGCUCUGGGAAAUCCACCAUGCUGAAUGCCAUGUUUGGACUCCAGUUUGCUGUCAGUGCUGGCAGGUGCACCAGAGGAGCUUUCAUGCAGCUGGUCAAAGUGUCAGACGAGAUGAAAACACAGAUGAACUCUGAUGAGAUGAAAACACAGAAGAAGUUUGACUAUAUUCUGGUUGUUGAUACUGAGGGUCUUCGUGCUCUAGAACUGGCUGGACGAUCAACACAGCAUCAUGACAAUGAAUUGGCCACAUUUGUUGUUGGUCUUGGAAAUCUGACAUUGAUCAACAUCUUUGGAGAAAACCCAGCUGAGAUGCAGGACAUUCUUCAGAUUGUUGUUCAGGCCUUCCUGAGGAUGAAGAAGGUCAGACUGAAUCCCAGCUGUGUGUUUGUGCAUCAGAAUGUCUCAGACGUCACAGCUGGAGAGAAAAACAUGGAAGGAAGGAGACGACUGCAGGAGAAACUGGAUAAGAUGGCAAAACUUGCUGCAGAAGAGGAAGUCUUUGAUGCAGAAUGUUUCAGUGAUGUCAUUGAAUUUGAUGUUCAGAAUGAUGUGAAGUAUUUUGCUCAGCUCUGGGAGGGCAGCCCACCCAUGGCACCACCAAACCCAAACUACUGUGAGAAUAUUCAAGAACUAAAGAAAUCUAUCCUUUCUCAUGCUUUAAGAUCAGAUGGAAUGGUGCUGAAAGACUUCAAAGAUCGUAUUAAAGAUCUCUGGGAAGCUUUGCUGAAUGAACGUUUUGUGUUCAGCUUCAGAAAUUCUCUGGAGAUUUCAGCCUACAGGAAACUGGAGACAAAAUAUAGUAAGUGGUCCUGGAGUCUUCGCAGUGCCAUGAUGGAAACUGAGAACAAACUACACAACCAAAUAGAAAAUGAAGCAAUUCAUAAGGUUGAGGAAACUGUUCUUCAAAGAGAACUGAAGAAGACAAGUGAAGAAGUGGAAAAAUCAAUGCUAGAAUUCUUUGAGAAAGACACAGAUGCUAAUAUACUGAUUCAGUGGAAAACAUCUUUUGAAAUCAAAAUCAAAGAUGUCGAGGAAAACAUUGUGGGAGAAACAAAGAGGAAAUUAAAUGAGAUUCUUCAGCAGCGAGACCUGAAGAAAAAGAUAGAUGAUCAUAGGACACAUCAUGAAAACACUCUCUAUGAAAAGAGCAAAGAACUUGCCUUAAAACUCAAAGACAAAGCAAAUGAUGAAGAAACACUGAAGAAAGAGUUUGAUUUGUUUUGGAAAGAGUGUGUGAAGAUGAUCAACAGAGACACUCCUCUAAUCAGAAACAUUGACAUAAUGAGAGAUGUGAGAGAGAUCCUCAGUGAUGUCUAUAAAAGUGCUCCUGUAGACCACAGAAAAGAGGGCAGCGAAUACAGCAUUUUCACUGUGUCGCAUUAUUCUGAGUAUGUUAUUUUAAAAAGGUCCACAAAAGGUGGGGUUAAAGAGGCUGUAACGCAUACUUGCAGAACAGUUGCAAAAACAUUGGGAUUUGCUCAAACUCUGUCUCCAGAGGAUGAAGCCCAAAUAAGAUCAUUAGUCACUGAUAUUACUCAGCAGAUAGACACAAAGAUUCAGUCAUUUAACAUAACAAAGAUGGGUUACAAUAUCAGUUACAUUCAACAGCUUAUAGAUUACAUCAAAGCAAGAGUAAUUGAACAUCAGGAAGGAACAGUGAAAUAUGUGUUCAAGAAUGAAUUCUCCAUGGAUUUGUUUUUUUUCAUCUGUAAGAGAGCAAACAAGGUGAUCACUGACCAACACAGGAUGUUCAGGGAAGCCAAUGAUCCUGAAAUGUAUGUAGAGAAGAAGAGAGAAGAGUACUAUAGUAUUUUCCAGAAAUACUGUCAUGGAGCAACAUCAGCUGCCAUUUUUGGAGAGAUUAUCUGUCAGAAACUUAAAGAACCCAUUGAGCAGAGUGUCUACAAGAAGACUGCCAGAGAUAUGGCAAGUACAAUGAGAGCAAACUGUGAAUCACUGAAUGGAAACAGAUCAGAUCUGGAGAAACACAUCCUGAAGACACUGGCAGAAGAGGAGGACAAAUCCAAAUCCUUUGACAAAUACAUAAACUACAUUCAUAAUCCCAGAGAUCACUUUAAGAAUUUCAUCAAAGAUGAAGUCAGUCAGUACAUCACUGAUAAGUUCAGUGUCAGUAUUUUACCCAAGAUGAAGAAGAACAUUGAACUCCUGCAGCAGAUCAUCAUGGAAACAGCACAUGAAUCUACUGAACAUGUUCAAGUGAACAGUGGAGAUGUUGGUUUGUGGUUGAAGAGUUUCACACAGCAGCUCUCAGAUAAGCUGAUCUUCUCUGAAAAAGACCUCAGUGGAGUGAAACAUGAUGAUGUUAAUGAUUUCAACCUCCUAGAAGAUGUGAUAAGAAAAGAACUCACUGCUUUAAUGUCUGCCAUCAGCAGUAACUUCAGCAAAAAAACAUUUCCAGUAAAGCUGGACUAUAAGUUCAGGCCAGAUGAGAUUCUGAUUGAUCACUUCUGUCAGUGCUGUUGGGUUCAAUGUCCAUUCUGUAAUGCCAUCUGCACCAACACCAUAGAAAACCAUCAUGGAGAUCACAGUGUUCCUUUUCACCGUAUUACUGGAAUAACAGGGUUCAAAUACAGGAAUACAACAAACUUGUCUAUUAGUAUCUGCACAUCAGCAGUAGCAAGCAAUCGAUCUUUUUAUCUCAACAAAUCAGAUAAAGUCCGCUGGAGUGAAUACAGAACAGCAGGAAAAGAUUAUGCUAACUGGAAAAUCACCUCAGAUCUCUCUGAACUGCCCUACUGGAAGUGGUUUGUGUGUGAAUUCCAGGAAGAUCUGGAAAAGCACUACAAAAAAACAUUUGAGGGGAGUGGUGAGAUCCCAGAUGAAUGGAGAAAAUACUUCAAACAUGAUGCUUUGGAGAGUUUGGAUAAAUACAUUUAAUCAAACAAAAUUCAACAAGUGAAGAAGAUUCACAAAGAAAGAUCUUUGAUUCACAAGACAUAACAUGAAAUGACUUUCUGUUCCUUACAUCAGUGACUGAAAUCACCUAAACCUCAGUUAACAGAAUACAUCAGAGAGAAGAGUUGGUAACACUUUACAAUAACAAUACAUGAAUAAUAAUGUAAUAACUUAAUUAAUAGUUACUUCAACAUGAACCCAUGAUUAGUGAAGAUAAACUAAUCAUGAACUAAUGAAGAGCUAUCCUUAACUACGACAGGAGUCAUAAGGAUUCAUGCAUGAAAACAGCAGCCUUAACUACAUGUUAACACAUAUUUGAUAAUUAAUGGAUUCAUUAACAUUUAGGGGUUAACUAAAUAGAACAGGCUGCAUAAGAGCCUUGUGAUUUACAUGUGAUUUAGUACUGUCAUAAUUUAAACUGUAAUAUCAUAACCUGCCAUCUCUUUGUGACAAAUUAUUGGAAUGGCACAUGAUUAUUUAGCCAUUAAUCGCACAGAUCUGUCUAAUCAAAUGUGGAAAAUAGACUAACUACUACUAAUAAAUUUAAUUUGAUCUAAACCGUUUUCUGAUUUUUAUUGUUCAUUUAUAUUUAGACAUAGCUAAAUAGUCAUAGUUUCUUCCCAGAACUAAAGAAUGUAAGGUUUGUUUCUGGUGGGACGCUCAUUAGUGGUGCACUCUAGGUGUUCUCUUGGCGCGUUUGCAAAGCCAGUGGAAGGCAAGCCUGCAACCUUUAGCCAAAAAAGCAUAACAGCUAACGCUAACGCUCCUGGUCUGGCGGUACGGGCGGUACGCAGGGAAGUAGCUAUGAACGGCGGGCACUGACGUCAUUGCCAUUAUACAAUAGGCUGAGAGGUGCCGCAUGCCGUUACGCUUUCUCCAAUGGUAAGAGAUACUGACCCUCUCAUCCCCCUAUAAUAUACAAUCUCUGCGCGUUUGUUGUAUUCCUUCGGCAAAGAGUGGUAAUGCUGGCAUUUUAAACUAAUUAAUGUUGACUGCUUUGGUAAACCGAAUUAAUAAUUAAUGACAUGUUUACUUGUAUGUUUUUUGGUGAUUUUUUUGCAGGAGGUUAUGUACAGUUAUUAACUGAAUUUGUAUUUUGUUGUUUAAAUGCAUAUGCUUCGAUUAGCAUUAGCUUGUGGACGCACCCUAUUUUGCAUGUACAUGUGCCUUAUGUGUGUCUUUACAGGUAUGUUUAUGGGUUGCAUUUAAGUCCAUACAUGUUUAAUUACAUAAAUGAAAAUAAAAGAAAUAUAAAUA